UAUCAUUGCUGCAAGCUUUGCAGCUCUCCUCUGCUAGCUAUAAUGAGGAGAAACUCGCCCCCUGCUGAAAUUCCAUGCGUCUCGCUAGCUUCUCCAGAUGCGACCUUCCACAAGCGCGAAGCUCAUUUCGUUGACGCACCCGACUCUCAACUUCGCCCACCGCACCUUCGAAUCCUUCGUCUGGAACAACAUCAUUCGAGCCCAUGCCCAAUCCCAAUCCCAAUCCCAAUCCCCUGCCUCUCUUCACCCUCCACUAUCGGUCUUCGCUCGCAUGCGCUCCCAUGGCGUCGAACCCGACUUCCACACCUUCCCUUUCCUCCUCCAGUCCUUCGAUUCCGUUCCCCAUCUCCAGUCGGGUCGACAGACCCACGCCCAAGUUUUCGUCUUUGGGCUUGACCGGGAUACCUUCGUCCAGACUUGUCUCAUCAACAUGUACUCUUCGUGCGGCGACCCACCGCUCGCACGUCGCGUGUUCGACGAGAUUGCCGAACCGGAUUUGCCGUCUUGGAAUUCGGUCGUCAAUGCGUACUUGAAAUUGGGUCGGAGUGAUACUGCCCGUGCGCUGUUCGACGAAAUGCCUGACAGGAACGUGAUAUCAUGGAGUUCCAUGAUUAAUGGGUACGUUAGGUGUGGGGAGUUUAAGGAAGCGCUCGCUUUGUUCAGGGAGAUGCAACUCGCGGAAGGCGCUUUGGUUAGGCCUAAUGAGUUUACCAUGUCUGGAGUGCUUUUGGCAUGUGGGCGGUUGGGUGCGCUGGAACAUGGGAAGUGGGCUCAUGCUUAUAUUGACAGAUGUGGGAUACGAGUUGAUGUUGUGUUGGGAACUUGUCUCAUAGACAUGUAUGCUAAAUGCGGUAGUAUUGAGAGGGCGAGGUUGGUUUUCCGCAAUUUGGGCCCUAAUAAGGAUGUCAUGGCUUGGAGUGCUAUGAUAUCAGGCUUGGCAAUGCAUGGUCAUCCUGGGGAGUGUCUCGAUUUGUUCUCCAACAUGAUACAGCAAGGUGUGAAACCUAAUGGUGUGACAUACUUGGGUAUUCUUUGCACUUGUGUUCACGGAGGUUUGGUGAGUCAAGGGAAGGAAUUUUUCAGGCAAAUGAGUGAGGAGCAUGGAAUAAUUCCGAUGAUUCAACACUAUGGUUGUCUAGUGGAUCUUUUUGGGAGAGCAGGUCUACUAAAGGAGGCAUGGACUGUGGUGAAGUCGAUGCCUAUGGAGCCUGAUGUGCUUAUAUGGGGUGCUCUACUGAGUGGAUCCAGGACACAUGGUGACAUUGAGACAUGUGAGAUUGCGCUCAAAAAGCUAAUCCAGCUGGAUCCUGGCAAUAGUGGUGCCUAUGUGCUUCUAUCAAAUGUUUAUGCAAAAUUGGGUAGAUGGAAUGAAGUGAGGCAAGUCAGAAACCUAAUGGAAGCAAAGGGCAUUUAUAAAGUCCCUGGGUGCAGCUUAGUAGAGCUUGACGGGGUACUUCAUGAGUUUUUUGUGGGAGAUGAUUCCCAUCCGGACACCAAGGAGAUAUAUAUGAUGCUUGAUGAGAUCAUGGCGAAACUGAAGAAGGCGGGUUAUGUGGGAAACACAAAAGAAGUAUUGCUUGAUUUGGAUGAGGAAGCAAAAGAGCUUGCUCUAUCCCUUCACAGUGAAAAACUGGCUAUAGCAUUUUGCAUUUUAAAAACGAGUGCUGGUACUCCCAUACGAAUCAUUAAGAACCUUAGAAUAUGUGGUGAUUGUCACGUUGCCAUGAAGAUGAUAUCCAAAGUCUACAGACGCAAGAUCGUGAUCAGGGACUGUAAUCGGUUUCACCAAUUCAAUGAUGGAGUUUGCUCUUGCAAAGAUUUCUGGUAGAUGAAAAAAAUUCUGGGUUAAUUUUAUGAAACCUUUUAAUUUUCAUAGGUGCGUGUAGCAACAGAAAUUUGGACAUGACAUUGACUGAAACAGCAGACCAUUCACACAAAUUCUGGUAGUCCAAUACUCUGGAAAGGCAGAUAUCGGGCUGUAAAGAUUCAGUUUGAGCUAUGCAUUAUAUUGAGUGGUCUGAACCACAAGAGCCCUGGGGGCAUGGCCAUCUGCCAAGAGGACAUCGACUUGAAUAUCCUGUUUUAAUUUACAAGACCUUCCCUGAGGUGAGAAGAAGCAUCGCCCUUGGCUGAACUGUGGCUGUUUAUGAUUAGCAACAAGUAUCUGUUGAAGGCCUCUCACUGUUUAUAGUUGGUGAUGGGUACCUGUUAAAGGCCUCCGGUUAGAGUUCGUACACUUUCCUGUUGUUGACAGUAGCUAUAUUGUGACAUAUUCUAAUGGUGGCUAAUGAUAUUAGUAGUCCCUGAAUUUUUUCAUGUUA